AUGGUAAAUUUUCUCAAUAACCUAAUCAGAAAAGCUCUAAACUUGUCGAUUUACAUUCAAGAAUUUGAAAAGAAGCAUGGGAAAAUUAUACCUAUUGCUUAUACAUUGAUAUCGUCUCUCUUAUUUGUUAUCGUCAGUAAAAUAGUUAGGUCACUUCAUGGCUUUGGGUCUUCAUAAAUAUUUUUUUUCAGAUCUAUCAUUUCUCUAUCAAUAAGUACAAUAUUAAUAUCAAUUAUGGGAGAUAGCCCAUAUACAAAUGAUAAAGCUAUACAUAAAUUACUUAUUUUUAGAUGUCUAAUAGCUGGAGUUGGACAUUAUUCUUUCUACUAAGCUAUGUACAUGUUAGAUGUCACAGAGUCUGUUACUAUUUUUCAAACUUCUCCUUUUUGGGUUACAAUUUUAGCAGGAAUUAUUUUGAAAGAGAAAAUAAAAGCAAACAUGUUUUACACUCUUUUUUUUAGUUUUCUAGGUAUUCUUUUGAUUAUUUAGCCUCCUUUCAUGAAAAAUAUGUUUGGAAUGAAUAAUUAAUAAAUUGAAAAAGAUUAAAGCGAGAGAAUUUUAGGAUUCUUUUUUGCCUGUCUUUAAAGUUUUAUGGUAGGAUUCGCAAUGGUUGUAGUGAAAAAGCUAAGUUCAGGAGUAUCUAAUCUAAUAAUAAUUCACUAUGCCUUAAUUUCUGGUUGUUUAAUAGGAGGACUUGAUAUUAUAAAUUAUGGAAAAUUUAAUACUGAGAUAUUCUAAUCUUAGACUUUUAUUUUAGUAUUUCUUGUUGCAAUAUUUAAUUAUUCUGCUUAAUUACUAUAUAGUAGAGCUAUUAUGUUGGGAGAAGCUUCUAAACUAGUACCUUUUACUUAUUCAUAAAUAGUUUUUGGAUUUAUUAUCGAGAUACUAAUAUUUCACCAAGAAACUAAUUUACUAAGCAUUCUAGGAUCAUCUCUAAUUAUAUUUGGAAAUAUUUACUCCUACAAAAAAAGAUGA